ACAGCACGUGGAUGCGAUAAAGAAUGUAUCGAGACCCAAUUAGCCAUGGUCACUGAGAAAUUCAAGUACUUCAGCAUCUUGUUUUGGGACAUACCUCAACAAAUACCCAUCUUGCAUAGAAAAUGGCGAUAUUAACUUCUUGUUGUUGUUUCAAGUCAAUCAGAAAAGGAUGUUUCGCAAGUGGGAUAUUCACUCUGGCAGUGUACCUGUUCAUUUUCACAGCAUGUUUAUUUCAAGCUCAUGCCAUGUAUCAUACAACAGUUAUAUUCGUAGGAAAUUUGUUCAUGAUGAUCUUGGCGGCCAUGAGCGUGAUAGCUUCAGUCAUUCUUCUGAUUGGAGUUUAUGCGGAUCGACGAAUUUUUCUGCUCCCUUGGAUUGUGGUCAUCUCGAUCACCACUUUACUACAUUUGAUUCUUGCCUUGUAUUUCAUAACAGACUCGUCUAUGAACAUCAUCCUUGGAAUUUUAUUUGCAACAGACUUAGCUAUUUGUGCUAUUAAUGUUUACUGCUUAUUAUGUGUAAUUUCGCAAUAUCAAGAAUACGUGGAAGGUCAUGGAGUGCCAAGGCAACAUUGUAAUUUUCAAUCAAUCCCUGUUGUUCGAUUUGACCGCGAGGGAAGUUCGCCACGACCUAAACAUACUGUUCCACGAUUAACCGUAAACGGGAAGCUUUCUCCAGGAUUUCUGGAAGUUCCCUCACCUUGUGCCUCUUGCAGCACUCCCACUCGAUCACACAUGUCGACUGAGCUCCUCAGUUCCUACGUUGAGGAACAGACAGUUUGCGAGAUAUCACGUCCGAAUGAUAAGGACCUCGGCUCAUGUACCCAAGGAAACAAUCAUCAAGUUCAAGAUGAAGUAACCACCUCAAUCAAAGUAAUUGUAACUGAACAGGUCGAGCCAUCUAUAGACAAUAAUAUUCAAAACAAUUAA